AAGGUUUAACGUGCUCUCUCUGUGGAAGUGGUAGAUAUUGCCGACCCCAGCUUAAUCUACAUCCGCCUUCUGGUCCUAUCCGCCCUCGACGAACACACGCAACCUCAAGGCUGAAAUCUAAGCGAUGGGGAAGUCAGUCUUAAUAACCGGCUGCUCGGAGUCCACGAUUGGCAAUGCUCUUGCUCUCGAAUUCGCUAGACGCGGAUGGACAGUCUACGCAACGGGUCGGAACACCGCGAAGAUGGCUAAUUUGGAGGGUAAGCCGAAUCUUAAGCUGCUUGCACUGGAUAUUACGGACGCAAAGGCUGCCUUUGCCGCCCGAGAACAGAUCUCUGCAGAGCAAGGUGGCAAGCUAGAUUGCCUCUACCACAAUGCUGGCGUUCGAUCCAUAAGCAUGGCAAUCGACUACGAUACGGACGACCAGAAGGCUAUAACCGCAGGUGGAGAGCAGCCCUACAUUGGCAGUGACGACGUUAGGAUGUUCCAAGGGAACGUCAUCGGCGUCAUGGCACUCACACGCGUCUUCUCGAGGCUCCUCAUUGCUGCCAAAGGGACUAUUGCAGUCACCGGCAGCGGCGCAAGCCGCGUACCGGUGCCUACCGAGGAGACUUAUAAUGCAACUAAAGCCGCGGUAGAGAUAUACACCAAAACGUUGCGGCUUGAGCUACAGCCCUUCGGAUGUCAUGUCGUGUACGUGAUGACUGGUGGUGUGGCGACACCGAUGUUCUUCGAGCAGCAUAUGACCUUCGCUGAUGAUUCGCCGUACAAACCAAUUGCGGACAAGAUUGCUGCUGGAUGGGAAUGGGGGGCUGGAUACGUACCGCAGCGUCCAGAAGAAUAUGCUCAAUAUGUUGUCGAGAGAGUGUCCAGGAUAAAUCCGCCAAAGGAAGUUUGGUGCGGGACUGGGAUCGCACCAUUGUGCUGGGUUGAGAUGUUUGGGUUGACCUGGCUCCUCGAUCGUGUGUUCUCCCGGCGCCAUGGUUUGAAUACGUCACUAGUGUAGGUUGCGAUGGGGCUCUCGAGGUCAUAACCUGCUACUCGCGUCGUACGGUUUAGCUUUGCCAACGAUAGUCGGAAGAAAUGCUGGGAAGUAAGGAAGGUAGCCACAGAAUUCAGAAUCCCCUGGGCAAUUGAACAGAGACGGCAUACAUGGAUCGGCUGUGGGAAGAGACACAGUCCCAUAGCUAGAAAUUCGAGGGUCUCGAGUAGGAAAAUGAUGCCAACGGAUUUGGAGGAUAAAUAGUUAUAGGAUGUCGACAAAGCCGCCUUGUUUCUUGUUUACCGCUGAGGACUAUACUGUUUGAUAUUAUUUCCCGUCAUUAUGC